UCCAAUUUAAUCAAAAACCCUAGAAAAAACACACACACACACACACACUCAGAUCCAUUUCACAAACCAUCAAAUCCCCCAAAAUAAUUCCUAAUCCAAAAAUUCAAAUGGAAGAGAGACAGAAAAGAAAAUCAAGAGGAGCCGAAGCCGAAAAACGCGCUGAAGCUCUCCGGAAACUCAAAACCCUAAGAGAAGGCGGAGUAACCGAACCGGGCGAACGAUACACGAUUAAAUUCGACGAACCGAUUUAUGACACGGUAGACGACGACGAGUACCAAAGCUUAGUAGCAAAACGUCAAAAGGAUUACAAAUCAUUUAUAGUUGAUGAUGAUGGAUUAGGUUAUGUUGAUGAAGGACAAGAAGUGGAUUGGACUCAAUCCGGCGUCGUUCCGUCUUCCGAAGAAGAGUAUUCGGAAGACGAAAAUAAAAAAAAGCAGCCCAAAAAAAAGAAAAAAGAAAAUAAUAAUGUUAGAAAGCCUUCCUUUGAAGCUGCUUCUGCUUUGAUGGGUAAGCAACGGAUAUCGAAUUUGUUUACGUCUGCGGUUUUUAAUAAGAAUGUUAAUAAGGCGAAUAAUGCGGUUUCUUGUGAUAGUAUUCUUGAUGAUGUUUUAGCUGAAUUUGCGCCUGACGAGAAUGAUAAGGAGAAAAGGAGGAGAGGGAAUAAGAAACCUGGGGUUAAGGUCGAGAGUUUGUCGGUGGUUCAGGGUAACGAGGACGACGUAUCGGUGAAUGGUUUUUCGGCGUUUGAGAAUGAGGUUGUGUUUGAAGAGAAUAAGGAGGUGAUUGAGAUGAAUAAAGAUUCGGGUGAUGUCGUCGAGGCGUUGAAGGAUGAGAGUGAGGUGAAAGUUGAGAAAGUGGUGAAGGCGGAUCAAGUGAGGACGUUGAAUGCGAAAGUUAAAGAGGAAAAGGAUCCUACUUUUAGUGCAACCGCGGGUUUGCAGACGGUUAAAGGUUUGAAUUUGAAUAGUGAGGUUGAGUCGGUUUUGAGUUCGGAUGGAAAGCAUCCGUUUGUGGUGAAUUCUGAUGGGUCGAUGCCUUUUUAUAUGCUCGAUGCUUAUGAGGAGGCGUUUGGUGCGAAUGCCGGGAAUAUUUAUUUGUUCGGAAAGGUCAAAACUGGGAGGACGUACGAAAGCUGCUGUAUAGUUGUGAAGAAUAUGCAAAGAUGCGUAUAUGCUGUCCCCAAUGGUUCUGUAUUUGAAGAGUCUACCAUUGUGAAGCUUGAAGAGUCAAAAAUGUCACCUGCAGAUUUUCACACUAAGCUUCAUGAGAUGGCAUCUGCAUUAAAGACAAACAUAGCAGAGCAGUUGCUUGACAGAAAUGUCUCAAACUUUAGCAUGAAACCAGUCAAGAGGAAUUAUGCAUUUGAGAGAUCCGACAUAGAGCGCAGAGCAAAUUAUGUACUUAAAAUCAGUUAUCCGUUUAAGGACCCACCACUUCCUGCAGAUCUUAAGGGACAGACCUUCUGUGCUCUGCUUGGAACACACAGCAGUGCUUUGGAGCUUUUUCUUAUUAAAAGGAAAAUAAAGGGACCCUCGUGGCUAUCAGUAUCAAAGUUUUCUAGCCGUUCCACUUCUCAGAGAGUAAGCUGGUGCAAAUUUGAGGUUACUAUUGAUUGUUCAAAGGACAUUAAAGUUGCAACUAACCCAGAAAAUACUGGAGAGAUUCCUCCUGUGGUUGUUACUGCAAUCAAUUUGAAAACUAUAAUAAACCAAAAACAGAAUACAAACGAAAUUGCCUCUGCAUCUGUCAUUUGCUGUCAUAAGGCUAAGAUUGACACCCCCAUGUUAGCCUCAGAAUGGACAAGACCUGGAAUGCUUAGCCAUUUUACUGUUGUGCGUAAACUUGAGGAUGGCUUGUUUCCGAUGGGAUUUAGUAAAGAGGCGGCUGAUAGAAAUUCAAAGGCUGGAUCAGACAUCAUUAGCAUGGAGAGCAGUGAAAGAGCUCUAUUAAACCGGUUGAUGAUUGAAUUACACAAAUUGGAUACUGAUAUUCUCGUUGGCCACAACAUAUCUGGCUUUGACUUGGAUGUGCUUCUCAACAGAGUGAAGGUGUCUAAAGUUCCUAACAACAUGUGGUCCAAAAUUGGGCGGCUCAAGCGCUCUGAGAUGCCUAGACUCAAUAAAGGAAGCACUGUUUUUGGAUCCGGAGCAAGUCCAGGAAUUAUGUCUUGCAUUGCAGGCCGCCUUUUAUGUGACACCUUUUUGUGUUCACGUGACCUGCUAAAGGAGAUUAGUUAUUCAUUGACUGAACUUGCAAAGACGCAACUGAAUAAGAACCGAAAGGAAAUUGCUCCACACAAUAUUCCCCAGAUGUUUCAGAGCUCUCAGAGCCUAAUGGAACUUAUUGAGAUUGGGGAGACAGAUGCAUGGUUGUCAAUGGAACUUAUGUUUCAUUUGAGUGUUCUACCUCUAACACGUCAAUUGACCAAUAUUAGUGGUAAUCUUUGGGGGAAAACUCUUCAGGGAGCUAGAGCUCAAAGAGUUGAGUAUCUCUUGUUGCAUGCAUUCCAUGCUAAAAAAUUUAUGGUACCAGACAAGUUUUAUUCGCCAAAGGAGAGCAAAGUAGCAAAGCGUAAAUCGGAUGACCCGGAGGAAAAAGUAGUCAAUGAUUUAGGGGUGAAUGAUGAGAUAGAAAAUGAGCCUGUAAAAUCCAAAAAAGCACCGUCGUAUGCAGGUGGAUUAGUGUUGGAACCCAAAAAAGGUUUAUAUGAUAGAUACAUAUUACUUUUGGAUUUCAACAGUCUCUACCCUUCUAUCAUCCAGGAGUAUAAUAUCUGCUUUACAACAGUAGAUAGAUCCCAAGGUGGUUUAGUUCCCUGCUUACCAUCUUCAAAAACAACUGGAGUUCUACCUGAGCUAUUGAGAAAUUUGGUUGAGAGAAGGAAAAAUGUAAAAGAGUGGUUGAAGACUGCAACGGGUCUCAAGUACCAACAGUUUGAUAUACAACAGCAAGCACUGAAGCUAACAGCUAAUAGUAUGUAUGGAUGCCUGGGUUUUUCUAAUUCCAGGUUCUAUGCAAAGCCACUUGCAGAACUUAUUACGCAACAAGGGAGAGAGAUUUUACAAAAAACUGUUGAUCUUGUUCGGGACAGUUUAAACUUGGAGGUUAUAUAUGGUGAUACUGAUUCAAUAAUGAUAUAUACCGGACUUGAUGAUAUAAACAAAGCCAAAUCGAUUGCAGUGAAUGUCAUCAGAGAGGUAAACAAGAGAUACAAGAAAUUAGAAAUUGAUCUUGAUGGUCUAUACAAAAGAAUGCUGUUACUUAAAAAGAAGAAAUAUGCAGCUGUGAAAGAGCAAAUAAGAGAUGGGAAAGUCUACAAGGUUAUAGAGCGAAAAGGUCUUGAUAUGGUACGACGUGACUGGAGUUUGCUAUCAAAGGAGACAGGAGAUUUUUGCCUGGAACAAAUAUUAUCUGAGCUGUCAUGUGAGGAAGUUGUUGAAUCAAUACACAACAAACUCAGGAAGGUACAAGAGGAAAUGAGGAAUGGAGAAAUAGCUUUGGAGAAAUAUAUCAUUACAAAAACAUUAACAAAACCACCUGAAGCCUACCCAGACGCUAGAAGUCAACCUCAUGUGGAAGUAGCACUUAGGUUGCGGAAACUAGGAUACACCAGUGGUUGUUCUGCUGGUGAUACAGUUCCAUAUAUAGUAUGCUGUGAGCAGGGUAAUGGUUCGAGCUCAUCAGCAGGGAUUGCUCAGCGUGCAAGACAUCCUGAUGAACUGAUGAAAGAUAAUGAAAACUUGAUGAUUGACAUUGACUAUUAUCUGGCACAGCAGAUACAUCCAGUCGUAUCACGUCUCUGUGCAUCAAUCGAGGGUACAAGUCCAUCCGUUUUGGCUGAUUGUUUAGGACUUGAUCCUUCCAAGUUUCAAAGCAAAUCGAUUGAAGUCGCAAACAAUGAUCAUGCUGGCUCAGCUAUCUACCUGAAAGAUGACGAAGAGAGAUACCGUGGUUGUGAGCCUUUAAUUUUGUCAUGUCCUGGCUGCUCUGGUACUUUUGACUGUCCAUCUGUUCUCAGUUACAUACGCACAGUAAUCCUUGAAAAGUCAACGGACUUGGAUCCGUCAUCCAACAACAGCUUCUGGCACAAAUUGUGUUGCCCUAAAUGUCAAGUUGAAGUUCCUCCGGUUUCAAUAGCCAACCAGGUAAAAAGACGAGCUGAAUCAUUCAUAUCAACAUACUACAAGGGAUUAAUGACGUGCGAUGAUGAAACCUGCAACUAUACUACAAGAAGUUUAAACUUGCGUGUCGUUGGGGACUCCGAGAGAGGAACUGUAUGUCCAAAUUAUCCUCGUUGUAAUGGUCGUCUUGUGAGACAGUAUUCUGAGGCAGAUAUGUUCAAGCAACUAUCUCACUUCUGUUAUCUCCUGGAUGCUGAUCGGUGCAUUAACAAGGUCGACGCAAAGUUCAGAACUUCAGUGGAGAAAGAGGUUGUCAGAAUAACACCUUCUGUUGAAAUAGCAUUAAUGGCAGCACAGAAGAUCAGGGAUCGGUGUGAUUAUGGUUGGGUGAACUUACCCGAUUUGUUUGACUUCUCUACAAUCUAGCUACUCUGAAAAUGAAAUAUCUUCAAGCUGCAUUUAGAAAAAUCCAACUGGCUUGCAAAUCAUGUCAAGAACUCGAGAGUUUCGUGCAUCUGCCAUAAAAGAAAGAUGGAUGGAUGGAUGAUGAUAUAGACUGGAUGUAUAUAAUAUAAUAUUAAAUAUAUUUUUUUCUUCAACUAACUUAUCUUUGUCAGCUGCGAUGCAUAUGGACAUACUCGAUUUGCAUUUAGUAGAGUUUUCCCA